CACUCGCUGUGACGUCGAUCUCUAUACUGUUUCAUCUUCCGGCCAGGCUUGGACGUCUACUGAGAACAUUAAUCCUCUAAAAAAUGCAGGCAGCUCGAGAAAGUGUUCGACAGAUGAGAGUGAUCUAGCAGUGAAGCGGAUCAAGAACUACUGCAGAAUGUUCUGCUGGGGUAGCACUAUUCACGGAGAGCUGGGUUUGGGUGGCAUCGAGGAUGAGAAUAUUUUUUUGCCGAGAGAAGUGGAUUUUGCAGAAGUCAAUAAUGUCGAACAAAUUGCGUGUGGUGAAAAUUAUACCGUAGCUAUUACGAAAGAUGGUCAAGUUUAUUCCUGUGGUAAUAACGACUAUGGACAGCUCGGUCAUGAGAAGGCGAGGAAAAGGUUACAACUGAUACCUGGCCUAGACGCAUUUGUAUUCAGAAAAAUAGCGUGUGGUAAUUGUCAUACUCUGGCUGUGAAUGAAUGGGGACAACUUUUCAGUUGGGGUUGUAAUAUGAAUGGUCAACUAGGAUUAAAUAGCAUCGAUUGUACAGAGCGUGUUCCACGUAUGGUUAAAGUACUGGGUGCAAAUGUGAUAGUGCAGAUUGCUUGUGGCGUAGAGCAUUCAAUCGCUCUAACUAACGACGGGGAGCUGUAUGCGUGGGGUAGUAAUAGAGAGGGACAGUUAGGAUUAGGGUCCCAUACGACGACUGAAAUAAAACCGAAAAGGAUUUCUACUUUAGCUGCUGUACCAAUUGCAUUUAUCGCAUGCGGCGGUUAUCACACUAUAGUUAUAUCAAAAUCAGGAGCUGUGUUCUCAUGGGGGAGAAAUACCUUUGGACAAUUGGGACUAAAUGAUAUACAGCAAAAAAAUUUACCGUGUCAACUACGUACUCUGAGAAACGCGAAAGUAUGCUAUGCGGCAUGCGGCGAAGAAUUUUCAGUGUUUUUGACAAUGGACGGUGGAGUGUUUACAUGCGGUGCUGGAAUGUAUGGUCAAUUAGGCCACGGAAAUAUCACAAAUGAAAUUUUACCUCGGCAAGUUAUGGAGCUGAUGGGUAGCACGGUAACACAAAUAUCUUGUGGUAAAAGGCAUACAUUGGCUUUAGUACCGUCUAGAGGGAGAGUUUAUGCAUGGGGUUUAGGAGGCGCUGGACAAUUAGGCAAUCGUUCUUCUCAGAGUGCUACAACACCACAAGUGGUUUUAGGAUCUUGGUCUUCACCAAGUGGAUCAUCAGUGAUGCUUGACCUACCUUACAGUCCUCAAAUCGAUUGUGUUGUUAAGCAGAUCUUCAGUGGAGGCGAUCAUUGUUUUGUUACGAUCAGUCACAAAAAAGAUAAUGUAGAACCAAGUGACUUUAGAAUAUUAGGACCGACUUCCCAAAUUCUUACAGUGAUAUAUAUAUAUAUAUAUCUAUUAAAUAAAAAUUAUACAACCUAACACAGAAAUUAGAUACGCACGUAUUUGCUCACGUAUCUAGAAACUGUAUUCAAAAGUCAAGCGUGUAUAAAUGCGUCUUUCUUGCUCAGUAAUGAUGCGCAUUAUGGAUGUUCAAGUAAGCAUCAUGGGGUCAAUAUUGAUUAUGCGAUCAGAUUAUUUGGAAUUAUUUCAGAACUGGACAACAACACGAUUCAAGAAUUGAUUUUCACAUGCGUAACUGACAGUUUGAUACCAUCGUUUGUCGACUCUCCGCCCGAUGUGGAGUCCUUAAGAGUGUACUUAACGUUACCGCUAUAUCAUCGCUUCGCAAAUCUAUCUAACUACAGCUCUCUACAAACGCCAUUCUGCAAGGCGGUAUUAAAAUUGAAGGCUGAGGCUUGUAAGAUAGUAGGCAUGUGGUGGAGCUCAGCUCCUCCGUACUACUUCGAGAGACUCGUGAGAAUGUAUAAGUCUGUGGUGCUGCACUAUGUGAAACAGUCGACGGCAAAUAAAACCAUCAUGUGGACUGAAAGCCUUCAAUGUGCUCUACAACUAUUAGGGCUAUUAUAUAAACUAAAUAUCAUAGCCGGUAUACGAGUACCUCACGAGACCUUCCACUUGUCAGAAUUAUCGGAAUAUACAGACAUUGCUCGUGAAUACUGCAAAUGGCUGACAGAAGAAGAUCGAUCUUUCUAUCGUAAAAUAUACUUCUGCAAUUAUCCUUUUCUGUUUGAUGCCGAGGCGAAAACAAAGUUGCUUGAAACCGAUCAAUCUAUACAGAUGCAAUCCGCGAUGAAUGAAGCAGCGUCACGAGUUGUAAGAGAUAUAAUGUUCGGGACACCUAGCCUAAACUUUCAACAAUAUAGUCAAUUUGUAAUAUUACACGUGUCACGGAAUAACAUAGUCAACGACACUCUGGAUCAACUGCUGAAGUACGAUUCUAACGAGUUAAAGAGACCACUUAGAGUUAAAUUCCGUGAUGAAGAGGCUGAAGAUGUGGGUGGCGUGAGAAAAGAGUUUUUUAUGCUUCUCUUUACAGAGAUUCUCGAUUUUAAGUACGGUAUGUUCAAAGAAUACGAAGAGACAAGAACAAUCUGGUUCAGUUCGGAUUCAUUAGAAGAAGAAGUCAUGUAUUAUCUAAUCGGUGUUCUCUGCGGCUUGGCCAUUUACAAUUUUAUAAUUAUCAAUUUACCAUUUCCAUUGGUUAUGUAUAAAAAACUUUUGGGAGAAUCGGUCGGGCUAAGUGAUAUCAAGGAAAUGUCACCAACAAUAGCUAGAAGUUUAGGAAGUAUUCUCGAAUACAACGAAUUGGAUUUUGAAGAAGUAUUCGGUUUGAGCUUCGAGAUAAGUAGAGAAGUGUUUGGUGAGCUGAAAAACUUCGAAUUGAUACCUGGCGGUGAUAAAAUUCCUGUAACAUUAAAAAAUAAGCAACAAUACGUUGACCUUUACGUGGAUUAUAUAUUAAACAAAUCGAUAGAAACGCAAUUUAAAGCGUUUCAUAAAGGUUUUCAUAAUGUAUGCGGCGGAAGAGUGCUAGAGCUAUUUCGUAGUCACGAAUUGAUGUCACUUCUCAUCGGCAAUGAGAAUUAUGAUUGGGAAGAAUUGGAGAACAAUGCCACUUAUAAGGACUGCUAUUCCAAAAACCAUCCUACUAUUAUGCUCUUCUGGCAGGUCUUUCAUGAAUUGCCAUUGGAGGAGAAGAAGAAAUUUCUACUUUUUUUAACGGGCAGUGACAGAAUACCUAUACAGGGCAUGAAAGCUAUUAAAAUAACGAUACAGCCAAUGACUGAUGAACGUUUUUUACCGGCUGCACAUACGUGUUUUAAUCUUCUUGAUCUACCGCGAUAUCAAACUCGCGAAAGAUUGAAAUAUAAAUUGUUGCAAGCUAUCCAACAUAAUCAAGGAUUCUCGCUCGUGUGAGACCGUGAAGCAUCUAAACAGGUUCAAUAAUUAAUUACAUAAUAAAAUGUA